AUGGACAACGUUUCCGAUGAACUGAAUGCUGUAAGUUUCCUGUAGAGCCUUUGUAUUACACUUGUUUUUUCAGAUAUCUCUGGCUUUGAGACAUACUGAGGCUUUACGAAAACAACUUCAAGCUCUUUAUGAUCAAAAGAAAAGGCAGAAGAACGAAGCAGAGAAGGCUAAAGAAGUUAAAAAACCUGAGGUGAGUGUUAUGUAAUAUUGUUCAACAUAAUAUUUCCGUUUUUUCAAGUUGUAAACUAAAUAUAGAAAUAAUAAUAUUGGUCUAAAUUUAGGAAGAAAUGGGUGAAUUCGUUGAAAGUGAAUUGUCUGAAGAUGAGUAUUCACCCGAGAAGAAUGGUAAGAAAAAUGCGUUUAUCCGUAUUUACUUUUUAACAGAUUUUGAGGAGUUGGAUACAUUUGAAGUCAAAAACGGAAAAGUUGACAAAUCAGAAAAUUCGGAUAAUGCGACAAGCCACAACCUCGAUGUGCCGCCUGAGUUUACUUUCAAUUCGAAUUCUCAGUCGAUGAUCAGAUCGCAAAAGAUGGAUCAAGAAGUUUCGUAUGGCAGAUCUUAUGUUCCUCCUCAAAAGCAGGGGCAAUACGAUUUCUCAGAUUUUGAUUGCCAAAAAGUGUUGGAACUCAUCAAUAGUAGGUGCUCUACGAUGGCUCAGAAAUCUGGUCAUGGUCAAAAUAAGGCUAAGGAACCAGAGGAAGAACCAAUUAUCACAAAAUAUGAUGAAGCCAGUGAUUCUGAUGAUGAAUUCGCCCAAGAACUGAAUGCGCGAAGGCUGAAGGCAUACCAUGAGGCUCUUUAUGGCGACCCUUCAAAGAAAACUUCUUAUCGCACAGUCAAAAUUGACGAACUUCCCAAGGAGCCUGAAGAAAAGGAGGAGUCGGCUGAGGAAGAAAUUUACGAUACUCAAGAGUAUCCUCGAGGAAAGAGGGUUCAAGUGGGAUGGAUUGAUGACGGAUAUGAGGACACUUACGUGGACGACUUCGAUUUUACCGCGGACAUUGAUGAAGCAAAUCGAUAUUUUGGUAUCCCAAAGAAUGGAAAAUGGUCUCCGGAGAAGAAAAAGGACGCAAACCCCACCGAGACUGACGCAGAAGAAGUGAAAGCUCCAGAAGAACCAAAAGUUGACGAUACUCUGAAGGAAUUGCCGAAAUCUGGCACACAGGCUGUACAGAAUCAAUCUCAUGUUCCGUCCUUUACUCAAGGUCCUUCGGCUGUCGCCACCCCAUGUUCACCAGCUGAAUCCACCGCAGAUAAUAUCGUCUUCGAAGGGCCGUUCCGCAGAUUCACGGUCAUUACAAGAGACGGCGACAGAGAUAUUCUGAAGAGAGAAAUGGACGAAGGAAAGAUCCGUCUGCGUCUUGCAAUCAGUGGGACUUACAUAGAGGUGUUCCAAGAUAACCGCAGGAUUUCCAGAAAUAUUAUCGACAAACAUUUUAGCUGGGAACUCAAAAAUAAUCCGGGAGAAAUUUCUUGGAGCUUUUAUGUAAGUUAGGAAAUAAAAAAUCAAACUGUUCCAGAACCACCUGAAAGAACAGACUGUUUUCUUCUCGGUCAAGUUCUCUCUUGCUGAUGAUAUCAAAGCCUUUUUCAAUGGAGUCCAACGUAAGAUAAACUUAACGUAAUAAUAUGUAUAUUUUAGAAGCUUUGAGAACUCUAGUCCCCAGUGAGAUCCCCAUAUGUAAAUUCGUAGAGAAUUGUGUUCUUCAUGUCCUUAUCGCCGAUGCAAAUGAAAUGAGCUACAAUAAUACCAAGGUGGAAGUGUUUGCUGAUGAGAUGGGGCGAAAUGCCUAUAUAAAUUUCACCGUCAGCCCCGAAACUUCACUAAAAUUUCUUAUGAAUCAGGACUUCGCUCCUUAUAAAAACGAAAAUUCCGUUUUGUUCAGAGCACAGGUAAGUAUAAGCUAUUCUUCUUACGUGUUUUAGGAGGAAUCCCUGAAGAAGGAGAUCCUGUAUUGCUGCAAGUUCGAGCAGGAAGCUUCGGCGAAGACCUUUCAUGACUUCAUCCUCACAUAUCACGCGGGUCCCGCAUCCGACGAGCAAUCCGAAUAA